CCCGCUCGCUCGGCUGGGCACUGCUGCCGGCCUGGGAGGCUCAUGGCUUGUGUGUCGUUUUUAGGCCUGCUGGGACCAGGGCUUCAGGAGGACACCAUGACCGGGAGGCUGUGGUGCAAGGCCAUUUUUGCUGGCUACAAACGUGGCCUCCGAAACCAGCGGGAGCAUACUGCUCUUCUGAAAAUUGAAGGUGUUUAUGCCCGUCAGGAGACAGACUUCUACUUGGGCAAGAGGUGUGCCUAUGUAUACAAAGCUAAAAACAACACUGUAACCCCUGGUGGCAAACCCAACAGGACACGAGUGAUUUGGGGGAAGGUAACUCGCGCCCAUGGGAACAGCGGCAUGGUUCGUGCCAAGUUCCGCUCCAACCUUCCUGCCAAGGCCAUUGGACACAGAAUCCGGGUGAUGCUGUAUCCAUCUAGGAUCUAAAUUUUUAUUGGAAAUAAAAUGGAGAAUCUGUUUAA